AUGCUCCUCUGGCCCUGCAUCGUCUUGGCCUACGUGACAGCUUGUCUUGCUGGUCGGGCCAUCAAGUUGCCCGUUCGCAAGAUCGUGAGGCCCGAUGCUACCAAAGCAACGGUGCAAACAGGCCGCACACGCCUUUCCAUGGCGCCCGGACCAGCGCAUGCAAAGCCAAUGACGCUCAUGUUUGCCCAGAACAACUGGCAGUCCUAUGUCAUCAGCGUCAGCUUCGGCAAUGCGCCUUUCAAGUACAACCUUUUGCUCGAUUCCGGCUCAAGCCUCACGCUUGCAGGCACGGACAGUCGCAAUCCCUUUGCGAAACCUCGCACUGCGAUCGAUAGUCGAUUUGAGUUUGCCGUCAUCUAUGGCGACGGAUCAUCGGUCAACGGUGAGAUUUAUCUCGACAACAUCGCAGUCUCAGGAACACUCGUCGUCAAUUCGACCAUAGGCGGUGGAUCGCCCGCGCCCGGGUUUGCUGUCUCCGCAACGCAGAUCGAUGGCAUACUCGGCAUCGGUCCGCAGAGCCUCCUAGAUUUCACACUCAAGUCUUCUUCGUACCGAACUUUCAUGACCGAUGCCGUCCUGUCGGGCGUCUUGCCAGUCGAUCAACUCGGCAUCAAUUUCGCGCCCGGCACGACGGGAUCAGACGUCAACGGUGCCGUCACGUUUGGUGGCUACGAUAGCGCCAGUCUUACCUCGCCGAUCACGUGGGCGCCCUGCUCAGGCCCCAUCAACUCGGCUACAUAUUGGUCCGUGAUUGCGACCAUCCCGAGCAUUGGCCUGAAUGCUACCGACUCUGGUGAGGCUGCCACAAAUGCCAUCCUUGACACUGGAACAACGCUCAUCUACAUUCCCGAUUCCGCCUUCGAGAACUUUUCAAAAGCUAUCCCGGGCGCCAUCAGUGACCCCAACACUGGACUACUCAGAUUUCCAAAAACGAGCAUUUCGAGCGUUCCGACGCUGGACAUCACCAUCGGUGGCGCCGUCUUUCCUAUGACCGCGGCAGAGACAGUCGUGCCGAUCGCGCUUUAUCCCUCGCAAAAGCUCGAUACCAACUUUGCGUACUCACUUGUCGCAUCAGGUGGCUCAUCAGAAGGCGUUUUCUUGCUCGGCAUGUACUUUUUCGAGAGGUACUACGUCAUCUUGGAUGCGAGUGGCCCAAGCCGCCGCGCUGGUAUCGCAAGAACCAAGCACUCGCCAAUCACCAAGUAA